UUUUGUGUGGUAACAUUCGGUGUGAAAUGCAGCAAAUAUUCAUUUUUGCCUACAUACUCAUUGCAUCAGUGAGCCAAAUCUACGCAGGACAAUGGAAGUGUAAAUCGCCUGCAGAGAAUAGAAAUCGAUUCCUCCAAAAACUCAAUCGUGAUGAGUUCCAAAGAAACAAUUUCUCUGCAGAACACCAACAACGAUUGGAAGUGCUUCUCGCUCAAAAACAAUCCACUUCCGUUGAACCCUGGAUGCAGGACCACUUCCAAGAUGUUGAAGAACUGUUUCUUAACUCGGCUAAUCUGACGGCCUUCUAUAUUUUCCCAACCUUGAGGAAACUUUUCCUACUAUGUUCAAACGUUGGAGAAAUCAUGCUGAACAAUGGCGACGAUCAUCGACUAGAAGCUUUAGUUUUCAAAGGAACAAAUUUUUCAUUUCCGACCACCAUCCGCGUACUGAAGAAUCUUAAAUCUGUGGAUAUUUCAUCAACCGUGCUGCCGAUUGUGAAUUUCUCCAUCUUCAAUGAUUUGACUAACCUCGCAAUGAUCAGAUUCGAAAAGUGUCAAAUCGAUUCGAUCCUAAUUCCAACCAACAUCAACCUUCCAAAUCUGACUACAUUGCAUCUGGAAUCCAAUGAACUAAAAAGUGUUCCGGAGAACAUCGAACGUCUGGGGAAUCUGAGGGAGCUUAUCCUACGGUCGAAUCGAAUUACGAGCCUAAAAGUGGAGAUUUUCGAUGGACUAAAAGAGCUUCGCAAGCUACGCUUGGACGGCAAUUGGCUUCUGCAGAUGGCCUCUCCGGUUGCUGAUAACAUACAAAACAUUCGACGACUUUUUCUCCAGUACUUCAGUCCGACUGCAUUGGAUUUGGGAAGCUGCUUGCCACAUUUGGAGAAGCUGCAGAUAACCAAAAUAACACCGAAAGAAGAUACUAAUACUGGAGACAGCUUACCGCACAAAGUUUACAGCAAUCUGGUUUACUUCUAUAGAUUUACUGGCAGCAAUGAAACGUGGCUGUGCCUAAUCUUCGAUUGUUAUCCAGCUCAUCUCGGCGAGGAAUAUACAAAAACAUGCGAUUUGGAGUGUGCGCUUCAUUCGAAAAAUAGGAAAAAUUAAUAGUUUGCAGAUAAUUAGGUCAAAUGUGAUCACUAGUCGUGUGGGUGCUAUAAAGCAUAUUAAAUCUCUGUUUGCCAAGAUGAGAAAAAACGCCAUUCGAGCAUGGACUGUUAAACAGUAAUUAUGA